AUGGACUCCCAAAACCCCCUCUUCACAAUCCCCAUUCCCAAAUUCGGCGCCCACGAAGGCGGCACAAUAGUCUGCACCACCCCAGCACCCCUCGUCUACCUCCUCACCUGGUCCUCCCCCCCAGAUAACCGCCUCACCACCCCCUUCUGCAGAGCCCUCCUCGCCGCCCUCGACAUUAUAGAAUUCGCCCACCCCGUCGGCGUCCUCGUCACCACCUCCGCCAUUCCCAAAUUCUACUCAAACGGCCUCGAUCUCGAACACGCCUUCGCCACAAAGGGCUUCUUCCCAGACACCCUCUACGCCCUCUUCAAGCGCCUCCUCACGUACCCGAUGCCCACCGUAGCCCUCAUCCCCGGUCACGCCUUCGCCGGCGGCUUCAUGACCGCAAUGCACCACGACUACCGCGUCAUGAACCCGCAAAAGGGCUUCCUCUGCAUGAACGAGCUCGAGUUUGGCGCGCCCCUGAAAUCGCCCAUGUCCGCCAUCUUCCGCAUCAAAUGCGCAUCCCCAAAAAUUUACCAGGACAUCGUCCUCGAGGCCAAGCGCUUUCCCGGCCCCGCCGCCCUCGAGGCCGGGCUCGUCGACGCGCUGGGCGGCCUCGACGAGGCGCUCAAGCUGAUUGCUAACCGCAAGCUGACCGAGAGAGGCAAGUCUGGCGUCUACGCCGUGCUCAAGAUGGAGAUGUGGAAGGAGAGCGCGUACGUGCUCAGCAAGGAGAACUACGAGAGCGAAGAGAAGAUUUGGGAUCAGAGGGAGGAUCUCGAAAAGAAAAGGGUCGCCGCUGGGAAGAAGUUUGCACAAGAAUGGAAGGCCGGCAAGGCCAAGUUGUAA